AGCUGUCGAAUGCUCUUACAUGCUGAUUUCGGGCCACAGGCGCCGUACCGGUACUGUUGAUGCAAUUUUGGUGCCGCUUAGGUUUGCCUAGGCAAACACUGGACGAUUGUAAACGGUUUGUAUGAUGCCAGGGACACGUCGGCAAGAAUAUAGGGUGUAGCUAGGCCGGUAUCAAGUAGUCAACCCGGAAACCCUGUUGUCUCAACCUGCCUCAACCAGCCCUUCAGCAUCGGGAAGUUCCACACAUUGCUACACCGUUGCGCAGGAUAACAUGCAGUGUGUAGGAAAGCAAGGGUGUUCACGAACCCUGCCCCUAGCGGAGCCACCGGGUGUGGCAGUUCGCCACGCAAUACCUCUUCGGCAACCGUCUGCAGCCGUGUUCCACGUGACUAGGUCGUCAAAGUUAGAAACCCAGCCCCGCAGUCGGACCUACGCUAGCAGCAGUAGCAGCAGCGGCAGCCCCGACCCCUCCGUGCCACCCGCUGCUAGUGGUGAUGCUGGCGAGCCUCUUGGACACGGCGGUGCAACUGGGUCAGCCGAGCUUGGGUCACCCCCGCUGACCUGGAUGACAUGCCAGCGCUGCAAACAGAGGUUCGCUGCGGAACAGAACCACAGCGGCGCCUGCAGGUACCACAGCGAGGACUGGACGGGUGGAGAGCUGGCGAAGGCGGUUGGAUUUGUACGACAGAGCGACGCACCAGAGCACCAACUAGCAGCUGUGAUGGGUCGAACUGGGCUGCUAAGGUUCUGGGACUGCUGCGGCUCUGAGGACGAGGGGUCGCCCGGCUGCAAGGUGUCCUUCCACGUGUGCUUCGACGACGAGGUCAACGAGCGGUUGGGCUGGCGAUGAGGGUGUUGUACCCAGGGUUGUGUUCAGCUCGGUGCGGUGAUGCCAGCAGCAACGCAAGGCAGCAGGGUGCCUCAGGAGCCAGGACUGGAGGAGGCUUGGGUGUAGCUGGACAGGAAGGAGGGGUCUAGCGUUUACGUGCCAAGGUGCCUAGAAUGCAUACGAAGAUGUUGGUGGCCUGUUGUGUGGCACGCUGCACCCCUGUGGGGAGUGAGUGAGCCCCUGUGCUGUCGCCCAGUGAGGCUCAUUGUGCCGCACACAGCGGGACCUGCAUGCCAGCAGUCCACAGGGAUCCCAGGGCUCCAGCUACCAGCUCUGACUCGACUUGCCGUAACGUAAUAGGAGACGAUCAGCGUACUUGGCACGGCACCUGA